AUGGUGUCUCGCUCUCAAAUUGGCUUCUGGGAUGCCCCUGUUUUGAGUUGCGGUGUGCGCGUGUCUCUGCAUCCACUUGAUGCUGUGUUGAGUCAGGCUCGGGGGGUGCUUCUUGACAGACUUCCGGGGGAAGAUAGUGGGAGUCUUGGAUUUUCGGAGUGGAAGUUUGAUCAGUAAGAUAAUUUUAUUCUCGCCGAUUGAUUGAUUGUUAGGUGGUUGAAUGUGACUGAGGAGGUGGUUUUAGAUUUUUCGGGUUGAUGAUUUCGUGGAGUAUUUAGCUCUUGAAGGUCAAUGCAAGGUGGGAUUCAUGGUGUUGCGCUUCUUUCGUGUACUUGUGCGCCCAAGUCACCUGUGACGACGAGAGUGCAGCAGAGUGCUAGAAGUUCGGUAGAUCAAAGUGUCUUCUUUUCGUCUUCCGGUUCACAUUUUUCUCUCCUUGAUGAAGCCAUCGUGAAGUUGUCAGGUGAGCGUAGUUGCAAGAAAAGAAGUUCAGAAUUCGGAAGCAAGAAAUCGAGGUUGCAAUAUCCAAUGGCCAUGAUCGGGAAUGAAGCUGCUGCGGGAUCUUCUUGGAAUGUUGUGAUGGACCAUAGCCAGAACUUGGCGUUAAGAGCUGAUUAUCAGAUGAGUCCUGAGACCUUUGAGACAAGCUCAAUGUUUGUCGUAGUUGGCCACCGUGGUUGUGGCAAGAACAAGGUCCUUCCUCAAGGUUCAACUCCUGAAACCAGACUCUCUAUACGAGAAAAUACGAUCACAUCCUUCAAUUUGGCAUCCAAAAAUGAAGCCGAUUUUGUCGAGUUCGACGUUCAGGUGACCAAAGACGGCAUCCCGAUCAUCUUUCACGAUGACGUGAUUGUUGCCGAAGAUCAAAUUCCAAGACACAUCAGAGAAAUUACUCUGGAGGAAUUUCGUGGUAUGGGACCACAAACCGAAUCAACUAAAGUUAGUAAAUCACUUUACCGAAAAGCGGUGGAUGGCUCGAUAGCCCUUUGGACCACGGACGUCGAAGAUUCUAUGUGCAUCCUCGCCGAGGCCUUUGCUGAAGUGCAACCAAGCACUGGAUUCAACAUUGAGCUGAAAUUUGGCGAUGAUGGCUCAACCACCGUCGAGGAGUUACACCGUGUGAUUGAUGCCGUGCUUCAGGAUGUUAGGCAGCUUGCGAACGGCAGAAUGAUCUACUUUUCCAGUUUCCACCCCGACGCUGUGCAAAUUCUUCGCAAGAAGAUGUCGCUGUACCCGGUGUUCUUCCUCACCAACGGCGGAAGCCAGACUUACAACGAUCCCAGAAGGAAUUCCAUUGAAGCAGCCAUUGAAGUGUGUAGGGAAGGGAACCUGCAAGGAAUUGUAAGCGAAGUGAAAGCGGUGUUGCAGCAUCCGGCUUCGGUUGCCCUUGUAAAAUCUCAAGGAUUGUUCUUCUUUACUUACGGCGAGUUAAACAAUUUCGGAGAAGCAGUUCUUAAACAAAAAAGUUGGGGCAUCGAUGGUGUUAUAGUGGACCAUGUUCUGGAGAUGGUUCGUGUUGCACGGCAACAGGAAGAGCCCGCUUCUCCCUCCAGUGCCGCUCCGGGCAGGAGGACAGUUCCAGUGAUGUAUUAGAACUUCCUUGAACGACAUUGAUACCAUCUUACUAGACCUGUAUACUAGACCAUUCUUUUGAGAGUUUAUAACCCACUCCAUCCUCACCGCCAAUAAAGAGCCACGCAUUUAUCAACUUGUUUCCUCAGAUACAGUAACUCCCAGACAUGUAAUUCUUAGUUAGCAUCAUUCUUCGUGCAGAACCCAAGGGAAUAUGGUAGAGUUAUCUUUUCAAAAUAAAUAACAUGACUUGUUAAAGAAA